GCUGGGGAUUCGAACCCACACUCUGCUGAUCAGAAACACCAGAGUUUAACCGCUCGGCCACGACACUAUCCACCUCCUCAACAUAAACUUUCCCUAUCCCAAAGCCUGCCCCGAUUUUAACACAACUCGCCCCCCAAAAAUCAAAUUAUGUAUAAAUAGCACACUGCAUCAUGGCAUAAUGUUUGCGUAAAAUACCCGGCUGUCAUUGAGUCCAUGCAGCCCAUAAGUUCAAACUGCAUGCAAACUUUAAAACAAAUAAAUGGCAUCAGUGGGACAGGGGAAGUCUUUUAAAAUGACGGUCCAAAAUCAUUUGGCUAUUUUUCCAGGUUUGUUUAUUAUUGUUUAUUAUUAUCCCAUGGUCCCCCAACCCCUAGUUAUAUUAGCCAGCCUGAUACCAAAAUGCAUUUUUAUUGCCCUAAGUAUUAAUUUAUAAUUAAGAAAAAAUAUAUUUCUUAACUUUUGAAUUGUUUAGACCAACUUUGGAAAAGUUUCCACAUGGCGCCACCACUUUUUCAUUCGAUACAGAAUAACACAGUAUCUUAUCCACCUCAAUGAGAUAUCCCUUUUUGUAAAAUUGAGUGAAAAAGUGGUAGCGCCAUACGGAAAGUUAUCCCCAACUUUUUCCAACAAAAAGAUCACCAGUCAUAAUGUGAUUGUUGGUAAAUAAUAGCAGUAUGUGUAUCUAAAUGUGACAUUUUUUUUUUUACUCCAACCCCAUGUCAAUUGUGUUGUCAUAAUAUAUAGAACAAAAUUUCAACCUGGACUUUGUGAGUUUAAAAUUUACAUGUACUAACUACUGCACCUUUAAGGCAAUUAGGCAAACUGUUCCUUUAAGGUUAUCCAAGAUGGCGGCGGAGGGGACGGACGUCGCACCAGUCGGAGAAUAUCAGUUUUUGAUUCAGCCGAUUGUUGUCAUCUAAGAUCACAGAGAAACUUGUAAUGUUAGCUGAACUAACACAGCACCAACCAGUUCUACAGGAGUCUCUGUAAUAAGGAUCAUCGCUUUCUUAGUCUAGUGCAAUAAACAUCAUCACAACUCAAGAUGUCAGAGUCGGGGGCUCAUCGACGCAAGAAGAAGGGUAGCAUGAGUACCUCUGUGUCACAGAGUGAAAAUCUAACAGGUUCUGUACUCAGCCUAGCAACAAGUACAUCAUCAGAUACACUAUCAUUACCUUGGAUACGUGUGAAUGAUCCAAGUGUUGAACGUGAGCCGAGUACAACAUCUACAAUCAUGCUAGAUACUAACGUCAAACCUGGACAGUACGUCUUACAGAGUCUGUUUGCAGAAUUCACGAUCCAAGCGGAGAGAAAGAUUGAGAAAAUCAUGGCUGAACCCCUUGACAAUCCAUUGGCCAAGUCUUUGCAGAGAGGGGAAGAUCCUCAGUUUGAUCAGCUUUUGAGUUCACUGAGUGCAGUGGCUGAGCAUUGUCUUCCAUCGCUUCUUAAGACAUUGUUUGAUUGGUAUGAGCUUCAGAAUGAGGAUGAAGGAACACAAAGACAAAAAGGAGGAUCUGGCAAGUCUAAAGGGGAAAAAGACUAUGUUUCUGAACGAAGAGAUUUGGCUGUCGACUUCCUGUACUGUCUGGUAUUGAUCGAGGUCUUGAAGCAGCUUCAUCUCCAUCCAGUUCCUGAUAUUCAACUCAAUCAUAUUGAAACUCUAGCUUUUAAACAUUUCAAACACAGAGACAGCCUGCAGUCUGGACCGAAUACAGAGAACUUUCAUAUCAUAGCAGACCUUUAUGCUGAAGUACUUGGUGUAUUAGCUAAGACCAGAUUCAUGUCCGUGCGUAAACGCUUCCUAAUUGAACUGAAAGAACUUCGCUCUGAACCACAGAAUGUCCAAACUACACAGGCUAUCAUCAGCUUGAUCAUGGGAAUGAAGUUCUAUAGAGUCAAGAUGUUUCCUGUAGAGGAUUUUGAAGCGUCAUUUCAGCUGCUUCAUGAGUGUGCUAAUUACUACCUAGAAGUAAAAGAUAAAGACAUCAAACAUGCUCUGGCUGGACUACUGGUGGAGAUAUUGGUUCCAGUUGCAUCGUGUGUUAUGAAUGAAGUGAAUAUUCCUGUGUUAAAGAACUUUGUGGAUAAGCUAUACCAGACAACUCUUGACCAGUGUAGUAAGAAGAAACAUGCCUUAGCUGCCUUUCCUUUGCUAACAUGUCUACUAUGUGUCAGUCAGAAACAAUUCUUUCUGUCUAAUUGGUGUAAUCUCCUCAAUCUGUGUCUCACCAAUCUCAACAAGCAUCGUGAUCCUAAGAUGUCUCGUGUUGCUCUGGAGUCCCUUUACCGCCUUCUCUGGGUCUACGUUAUACGCAUCAAAUGUGAGAGUAACAUGACAACCCAGAUCCGCCUUCAGAGCAUCGUUAAUUGCCUCUUCCCUAAAGGAUCUCGGAAUGUGGUGCCAAGGGACACACCCCUCAAUAUCUUUGUCAAGAUUCUUCAGUUUAUUGCUCAAGAGAAGCUGGAGUUUGCCAUGAGGGAUGUGAUUUUUGAUCUCCUUGGAGUCACCAGUAAACAAAAAGUCUUGUGCCCAGAGCGUAUGAACAUUGGUCUGAGGGCCUUUCUUGUAGUAGCUGAUGACCUACAACAAAAAGAUGGUGUCCCUCCAAUGCCUACCACUACGCGCAUCAUGCCAUCUGGUAACACCCUUCGUGUUCGGAAGACUUUCCUGAAUAAACAAUUAACUGAAGAUGCAGCUAAGAGUAUUGGUGUGUUGCCGUACUACCCAGGGAUUCGGAAGGCAAUGGAUGGGAUUAUUAAAUCACUGGAUGCUGCAGUGGGUAGAGCGCUAUUAAUGACUAAUGUACAGUGUCUCAACAAGGAACUGGAUGAUCUCAUGACGAGUGAACGUCGGCCUAAGAUAGAGUUAUUUCGUACCUGUGUUGCAGCCAUCCCUAGAGUCAUUCCAGAUGGUAUGAGUAGGAAGGAUCUACUAGAGUUACUGGCUAGAUUGACAGUACACAGAGAUGAUGAACUUAGGGGUUUGGCUUUUACAUCAUUGCAAAAUGUAGUGUUAGACCUCCCAGAGUGGAGGGAUGAGGUGCUCAACUGUUUCAUCAAUUUCAUCUUACGAGACAUUGCAGAUACUUUCCCUCUGAUCCUGGAGAGUGCCCUCAAGAUGCUACUUCAGCUUCUGUCUCAAUGGAGGACAGCAGUCCAGAGCAAGGAGCAGGAGAAGGUGCAAGUUAAGUCCCCAUAUGAGCGUAAUCCUCAUGCCAGUAUAUUGAAUACUGCAGAAGGAUUUGCUGUGGUCUUCCUCUGUAGCUGUCGUCCAUUGGUUCGACGUCUUAGCUACUUCCUCUUGAAGGAAGUACGUGCUCUCUUUGGCAUUCUGGGUUACUCAAGGAUUGAUGAUGAUGCUGUUAUUGAUGUGGUAGACAGAGCUUGUCCUGGUGUAGUGGACGGAUUUGUCAAUCAACUACCGCCAGCUGAAAAGGCCACCAUUACCGCUGUGUCUAACAUUGAUCUCCAUUGGGUCGUUGAACGUUCCAUCAAUCAAUGGUCAGGCAGUACAUAUGAAUCAACUCCUAGUGAUUCUAUGAGUAAAUCGUUAUCAAGUCGUGGUAUGGGCGGUUUCAAUCCAUGGAUCACAUGCUUAGCAAGGUUCUUCGAUAGUAACUGCUUACCACAUUUCUGCCCUGCAGCAGUAAGUUUAGCCUGGCCUGUUGUACAUACAAGACUGACACAACUCUACACCCAUAUUGACCCAAAUGCACCAUCUGAGGGUCGUACUUCCAUCCGAUCCAAGAAGACUUUAAACCCUAUGGAUGAGAAUAUCUCCUUAUGGAGGAACUACUUAGUAUUUGCUUGUAGCUGUGCUCCACCUUGUGCUGGAUAUCAAACACCAAGACGCUGCAUGUCGCCUGACCCAACCAGCGGCACCAUUGGUGAACCAUCACACAUGGAUAGAUCAGAGGUCAAAGGUUACAUCCUCUCACCAACAGUAUCAGCUGGUACGCUGUUCAAGAUGCUAGUACCAUUGAUAAAGUGUGACAACACGGAUACCAGGGAAGCUGUAGUCAAUGGACUGGGCUGGACAAACAAUGCUGCACUCAGAGAUCUAUUGGAUGAGCUGCAAAUCUUCAUCAAAGAUGCAGUGGAGAGAAAACAAGAGAAUAUGAGAAGGAAGAGGAGACGAGAUUUCCUUCGUGUUCAUCUCAUCCGUGUCUUUGAACUUCUUGCCGAGCAUGGAGUUUUCAAGGAAAGUUUCAGUGGUAGUUUGAACAAGGAUGGUCAAGCGUUACACAAUACUUCAGUUUUAGCUGAAUACAUUGAAGGGAUGCGUCUAGUUCUAGAGACAGAAGGUGAUAAAGACUCGCCUACUUUACAUGAGAUCAGACUUCAUUACAGUGGGUUAGUCAGCAGACUCAUUAAGAGCAUUCCAGCUGAGAAUCGUUUCAACGUCCUACCUAAGGAUGUACGUUACAGUGUAUUCUUCCUGUGUGGAUCUUUGUGUCGUAAGCUGGGUGUGACAUAUGGUGCUGUAGAUAGAAGCCCAACAUACAAAGAUGAACCAAUUACUGACCUGGAGAUGGAAGCUUUGCAGGCAAUGUGUGGUCUACUAGUGUGUGGUGAAGUGUUUGAUAGUAAUGCUCUAUCUCAGGAAGGGUACCUUUAUACCUGGCUGGAUAAUCUGCUCAAUUGCAAUGAUGAAAGGGUUGUUCAGCUGGGCAAAGAGACAGUCCUCUUACUCCUACAGAACAAUCCUCAACAGCCAAUGGUGUUAAGAUGGGCUAUAUACAGAUGCUACACAGGACCAGUACAAGUAGCCAAUGGUUACUUCCAAGCCAUGGCAGCAGUCUUCAAUAACUCUAGAGAAGUAACUAGUAAUCAUAGUGAGUACCCAUGUGAGGUGAUCCCUACACUGUGUGUGAUUCUCUUCAAGACGGCAGAUCCUUACAGCAUGAUUCGUUGUACUGCACUGCAGCUCCUACAGGUGCUGGAUAAACGCUUCUUUGGCUCAGACAUAGUAAAGAGUACCAUGCAAGCAACGCACGGCAAGACACACAAGAUACUGUCCCAUGAGCUGGCUAGGCUGCAUCCUGAACUUACUCUUACUGUCUUCUCUGAGAUCACGGAGCGUUUUGAGUCUGCACCCUUAAAUCACCGUAAAGUGAUGCUGGAGAUCCUCUUACCAUGGUUGUAUAAUGUAGAGCUAGUCGGUGAACCUAACAAGGAUAUUUCCAGUAUCUCUAGACAUGAGAGAGAUAUAGAUCCUGAGGAUCAAGAUCAUGGUAGUCCACUUAAGACAUGUGGUUGGGGAUCUAAACAAGCUUCAGAUAUUGUACUCAAUAAUCUCUUCUUCAUAACAUCAGAGUAUGGAGAUGAUCACUCCCAAGGGUUAGAACAGCUAUGGGCAGCCCUCUGUAGAUGUUGGUCUGGUAACCUGAGACACAUCCUGACGUACCUCAUGACCUUGGCUAGUAUCAUGACUAACCCUGACCUCUUACCAUAUGUAAAGAAUGUCAUGACAUUUGUGGCCCGUGCAAAGCCCCAGAAGCUCAUGGAUGAACUCAUGAAAGAAAUGUUUUCCAUCGAACUUGUCAACUCCAGCGUGGAGCGCACUGAAGAAGUACCUUACUUCCAGCUUUUUAACCAGAAUAAGUUCACUGCUACCUCCCCUGAAAUGGGAAGUGCUGAGUCCCUCCCAGAUAAACUUAAGAAGGCAGACAUGGGUCGUAUCAUAUUAGAAAAAGGGACAGUUGAUAGAAGGAGCAGUGGAGGGGCAUUGGAAAGAGCAUCAACACCACAGAGUAGCAAGUCACUUCCAUCUCAAUCUUCCUCACAAGACAUUUGGAAAGAAAGAGAUAAAUCUGACAGCUCCAUGCAUCACAGUAACAGCAGUCUUGCUACAUUGACUAGUACCUCAACACACAGCAGUGAAUCCACUACCGGGCUAGGCGUGGUUGAAAAACCAAGGCUUUCUCCAGCAAUCAAAGAAGAGAAGGAAGAGGAAGAGACUUCAUCUGUUAUUAAAGUGACUCAAUCUUUACAAGAUCAGUUUGCUAAUUGGAGGAAGCACUUCUUGACCCAGAAUGCUGUUCUACCUCUACCGGUACCUGAUGAGGUUUACUGUGCACCUCUUUCUGAUUUUAUUGAUGACAUUGAGGCACCUCCAUCAGGCUCUCUAUUUAGGUGCAACCUUGCCACUGUGUUGAUGACAGAUUUAGUAUCAGAGAAGCUCGACAUUGAUUGGUCAGUUCAUUUGCCACAAAUCUUACAUGUGUUGUUUCUGGGUUUGGACCAUUCUUGGCCUACAGUACAUGAGCAUUGUAAGAGACUUUUGCUCAACCUACUGAUAGUUUUAUCUCCGCAUAAUGACUAUGUGUACAUUGCUCAAAUGCUUCUCUCACAUCAAGUCAUCAGUGAUCUUCAUGCCUUGACUGAGCCUAUCAUACCACUCAAAGAAUACAACUUUACAGGUGGCAUCGUCUCCAACUCUAGCAACCAUCCAGCUGAUAACAUCCCGUCUGACCUUCAAGACUUAAUUGGGCUAGGAUCAACUACUACCAUCAGUGCAGGGUCUACUAUCUCAGUAUCUAGUGCUGGUAGUGCAGCUACAGUCAUUCCAUGUGGGAUUAAUGGCUCUGUGCAGAUCAAUGUGGACCACCUUAGAGGAGAUGAUGAAACUGCUAAAGCAUUGAUUGAAUUUCUAGUCACACGGAAAUGUCGCCCUCUGUGGUCCUGUGAGGAAAUAACAUCCAAGGUCUUCUCAAUCAAGAGUGCUGAGCAGAUUGAGACAUUCUUACGUCAUGUCGUGAGAGUCUUUCAAGGAAGUGUUCGUGGUGCACAUCUAGAGCAACGUUGGUCUCAGUUAGCUCUCUCUAUGGCUUUAUCAUGCCCUUCAAGACAUUAUGCUGGACGCUCUUUUCAGAUCUUCCGAGCAUUGAGUAUGCCACUGACAUCCAGAAUGCUCUCAGAGAUCCUGUCUAGACUGGUAGAGACUGUAGCAGAACAAGGAGAGGAAACACAGGGCUAUGUGACUGAAAUUCUACUGACUUUGGAAUCUUCAAUUGAUGUCCUUGCCUCUGAGUUGGUUUUCUCUGAUCAUCGUGAACGAUGUAAGACAGGUUCAUCACGCAAGAAUGACUUCCGCAAGUCCACUAGUAACCUGUAUAACAUCACUGGCAAUGCUUGUGGCUAUGACAACGUAAAGCGUCACUCCAUAGCUUCAGCUAAGAUGAUGGAAAAUGCUGCUAAUGCAGCUAACAAUGGAGCAACAGAGAUGAGACCCUACUCGGAACACAGAGCACGUAGUAACACGGCCAGUGAGAUUGAUAAACCACGCUUCCCUCGAUCUCGUAGUACUCAGUCAAUCAAGAUGGGUGAGAGUAGUUUUGAGGAUCGACUCAAUCUUCUUUCUCAAGUCUUCUGGAUCUUUGUUUCAUUACUGGAGUCUGACUAUGAGUAUGAGUUCCUCAUGGCACUGCGCUCACUUGAUAAGUUAAUGAAACAUCUUCCAUUGGACCGUAGUGAAGUCAAGAACAAGUUAGAACAUGUGUUAUCUCAGCUCAAGUGGGAAGGCUUUCCUGGUCUACAGGCCUUACUGCUGAAGGGUUUUACAUCUUCAGUGACUAGUGACCUGACUCUCUUACUGGUAUCCAGACUGACAGGAUGUACCCACCUUCGUGUGAUUGAUCCUACACAAGCAGCGGGCUUCCCUUUGAACAUUGUAGCACUCUUACCCUAUCUCAUUCAGCAUUUUGAUUUGCCAGAUAAACUGGCCAUGGAAAUAGCACACAAUAUUGGAAAAGUGUGUCAGGAACGUUACACUCGUAUGGCACCUCUAUCUACUGUUCUAACCAUGUAUAGAGACAGGACAUACAAUAGAGACAGCAAAGCUUGGACUAGUGUAGUUUGCCGCUAUAUUCAUAAUGCAUACUCUCAGUUCAGUAUUGCAAUGAUGACCUUUCUUAUUGAGGUUUUAGAGAAGGGUCCGAUGUGCAACCAAGCUCCCGUCUUGCAGAUUGUUUACAACUUGAUUCAUAACAUUGACUUAAUGGCUGCUCCAAUGCAACAAGUGAAUGAUAACUUGCUCAGAGUCAUUGCUAGAUAUGUCCAGGGAGUUCAUUGGCAAGAGUCUCUAAACAUCUUGAAGGUAGCUGUUUCCAAGUCCUCCUCUCUUGUCAAACCGCCAUCUAACCACGAGGAUGGGAUGGGUAAGAGGUCAUCUUCACUGGAUCUCGUUGGAAGAAAGGAGCUUCCUGGACGAACUAUGGAGUUUACCUUUGACCUCUCUAAGGUGGUCGACCCAGAUGUGUCUAAUACUCCAGUGAUAAGACGCAAGUUCCCGUCAAUGUUGACCAUCACAACUUCCUUCAGUGAUGAGUCAGCUACUAGUACACAAAGCAGCGAUGAUAGCAGCAUGAGUACUGAACCUACAGAGGUAACCCAGCUGACAGGAGGAGCAUCAAACAGUGGAGUGACAUCAGCCAAUCAGAGUGUAGUACCAUCAGCAUGGCGUAAACCACAGCUCUCAAUGAGGAGGACCAGGGAAAGACUGGUUAAUGUCCUGCAUGGAUUAGGUCAGAAGGUUGGACUGCCUAGAAGCCCUUCGGUGAUAUUCAGUUCAACGAGUGACAUCACUCAGGAACGACAGAACAGCUUGUGUUCUUCUUCAGAGUCUACUUCUCUUGUGGAUGCAAUGAAUCCAGACAAGCAGGAAGAAGGAGGUGAUAUUCCACUCCUUAAGGUCUUUGACUUCCUGGAAGGGGAGGAGGGUGAGCAAGGGGAUGAGAAAGGAUUCAAGUUCAAUUGGUAUCAUAGUCGGAUGUCAUUGGAGGAGAUGGAUGCAGCUACUAACCCUAAUCCUGAUAGUGAAGAUAUUAAAGAUGAAUCAUCAGAUGACGAGACAUCUGACAUGCCUGGUGCUGAGGAGAACUCUACUAAUCUAGAUGCAUCCUCCAAUAUGAGAAGUAUGUAUGUAGGAGACGGGGUAUCAGCCAUGGAUUCAAUGGACAAUAGGAGCAGCCCAACACCAUCUAUUGCAAGCAGUAGCACAAGUGAUCUAGACAGCAUUGCUAACUCGCCUGUUUCUGUAGCCAUUACCCAUGCCUCAUCCUUUCUAUAUAUCCCUGUGGAUGAGGUAGAGGAAGCUUGGCGCGUACAUGUUGAUAAUGUAAUGAGGGAUCAAAGUGGCUGGUGUGCUGUACACACAUUCCAUGUCUUUACUCAGUUGUAUAAAGUCAUGCAACAACGCUUCUGUAAUCUGACUAGAGAGGCGUGUAACUACCUUGGAGAUAAACUCAGAGAUAUCGCUCUACAAUUCUUAAGUACCUUGGAUCUGCUGACGACCCAUGCUGAAUGUCCCUAUGUCUAUAUUGAUACAGAGACUCUAAUUACAUGUAGAUUACUUGAGAAACAUAAAUACUGUGUGAUUGAGCUUCAUGAGCACUAUGAUACCUACAUCUCAAAGAGGGAUCUAACAGUGGAGUGUUUGGAUUCAAUCAAGUCUUCUCUCAAGAUGCAGAGCCUUGGAUCCCAGGAUAUGAAUGGACCAAGUGGUGAUGAGCAGGAUUUGACUCAUAUUAACAACCAAAUAGAGUUAUGCCGUCGUCUGUAUCGCCUGUACUUCCAGCUUCGCAUGCUGUUUGAUAGCUACUGCAAGCUGAUUCACAGUCUCAGCUCUGCGAGGCAAGCACUACAAGUGACCGAUUAUUCCCAAGAUGUAUCAGCUGCUAAGGACGAGCUGAUCCAGGCAUCUGAGGAGCUUGAGAGUGGUCAGGCUUCUUUGUCUCCUGAGGUAGAUACAUCUAAGAUGACCCCUGAGACAGCACUUAGGACUCUAGCUGAACAUCUCGGUAAUAGACAGCUCCGUCUUGCCUUGAGAUUACUCCAUGUCUACAGGUCAAUGUGGUCUGGUGAUAUGUUUGGCUCCAGUGAAGAGGAUGAUUUAGAUGUACUUCUAGCUUUAUUCUGCAAACAUCUGUCAGAGGGAAAAACAGGAGUUUUGGUAGUGACUCGAUCUGAUAAACAACUAGAAAUUGCUUCUCAGUGUCUGAUGGACACACACAUGCUGCUCAUGUCAUCUCUUCGCAAAGCUGAGUCCAUGGAAACCAAAGAAGUGGUGAUCUCUCCAAUCUUUGAGAUUAAGAAAGCGGUCGUUGUUGAGGUUCCGGAUUUGAAAGUGGUCCCGGAGGAGAAAGGCUCUACUGAGAUCCAGGAAGUGAAAAAGAAAGACAGCGAAGAAGACAAUGUGCAAUCAGAAAUGAGAAGUGAUGGUGGUCCUGCAGAGUUCACUGCUACUUCUCUUCCUACCGAAAGCUUAAAGGAUAUUCCUAAAGCAGGGACCGUUGGUGGUGUAGACGAUGUUGUAAAGUCAGGGUGGAAUGUUGAGGUCACAGAUACAGUAGUUGUACCAUCUAACGAGACAGCAGUAGCAUUAGGUCAAUCACAACAUGAAAGGACAUCAUCAAGUGGGAGCAUCAGGGUCAGCUUAACUGAUGAUCCAUCAGAUGAUUUGGGUAUUGCAUCCAAUACAGUAACUGUUAGCUCCGGUUCCUCCGAGUCGAUCCAUAUACAAGACUCAGGGAUAAGCCAAGACAUAGGAGGACCAGUCUUUGAUGAAGAAGUCAAGUCCAUAGGGCUAGAACCAGUGGCAGAGGUGGUUGAGGGAAAAGGUGAUCAAGACGGCUGUAGUGAAGGGACAAAAUCUAGACCAGUGUCUCAGGACAGUAUUAGUACAGACUUGUGAAGGAGAAUAGUACUGGAAAAUAAAUGAUGAAAGGGCUGGUUGUUUUUUUAGGUCGUUGUUUGAGAUGAACUUUACAACAAGAAGGCUUGUCAAAACUCCCAUAAGGGGCUCUAAAAGAGAAGCUGGAAACGGCCAAUCUCUCUCAUACAAACGCGUGUUUAAUGCCUACGAUUAUGAAUCGCACAAAUCAAUAAAUUGUAAAUGGUGUUUGAAGCUUUGCAUGUUGUGAAGAAUAAUAAUAACUAUAAAUAUAAGU